AUGAGUACUCCAAAUCACACAGAUAGGCUAAGAGAGGACAAGAAAGAGAUUCUAUUUGAAAAUUUAGAUGUAAGAAGCAUUGAAUGGAGACCUUAUCGAUGUUUUGUAAUCCUUUAUUUAUUCAAUGCCACAAUUGCCUUGCCAGUUUUUACUUUGAAAUUGCUUUAUUUGUACCUAGGAUAAAUUGCAAAAAGCAUUAGAUUCUUCAGAAUUAUUCAAGUAAUUUUCAAAUAGAUAUUGUUUUAGGCUUUAAAGGCAAUAAUGUUCUUCACUUGUGAUCUCGCAAUGGCAUUAUCAAUUUUGAUGAUGUAUGUCCUAGUAGCUUUAAGAUACAAAUAGACAAUUAACUAUGAAGAUUGGGCAAUAUCCUGUCUAAUAUUUUUACAAUCUCAAAUUUUAAUGUCCUCAUAUGUUUUAACAAUUUCAAUAGAUCGAAAAGAAAUGGAUUUUGAUUUUCUAAUAUCUGAUGCAAACAUGAGUAAGUUAGGUCUUGGGAGAUUGUAUUAAAAAUUAUUACAACAAAACCUAUCUCCUGAGAAAUAGGAAGAAUUGAAGCAAGAAAAUUUAUAUAAAUAGAUUAGAGAUGCAAUGGAAACGGAAAAUAUAGAUAGUACACUUUACUAUAUUGCCCUUGAUUCUGACCCAGGCAUUUGUGCAAUAGAUGAUAUCAUAUCAUUAAGUGAUCAUUCCAUAAUUGAACUUAUUGAAAGAGCACGUAAAAUUCUAUAGGGAUAACCUGAUAUUCCAUUUGAGAGGAAGCAAUUUGAAUAACCGGCAAACAAAUUGAAAAUUCUAAAGGAACUAAGAGUACUAGGCUUUCGUGGUUACAGACAUGCAAUUGACAAUUUCCUAUGGCCUCAUUAUGAUUAUAUCAAAGUGAAAUAAGAAAAAGAACCAGCUUCUAUUCUUUUGAUUUACUUAGCUGUAUUGCUGGCCAAGGGGAGUUUCCCACUGUAUCUGUUAUCAUAGUCAGAUGAGACUCAAGAGAUCGAAUUUAUCUUCUUUCUAUGCUUUUUAGGGAUGUAUUUAAACAUGAUCAUUUUACUGAUUGAUUUAAUCAAAUGUAAUGAUAUCUAAGGGAAGAGAUACAUAUUGAAUGUCCUGUAGACAAUGAUCAUUCCAAAUAAAGCUCAAGAUUAAAUUGAAGACGAAAAUGAUAGUGGUAAGGAUGAAAUUCCGGAUGAUUUGCCUUACAAUUCAGAUUAUAAAUUAGACUUUAGUUGUAAUUUGAGUUUAGAAUCUUGGGAUAAUAUGAGAAGAUUAACUCUAUUAAUAGAUAAUGAUUGGAUGGAUUAUAAUGAGGCUUAAAUAGCUUUUGUUUUCCUUUACUUCAUAUACUUGUAUAUGAAUUUGUCUUCUGUAUUUCUAGACUUUGAUUUAAUUCCAGUAUUGCAUGCAUUCUUUUAAGAUCCCAUUUUAGAAUGGAAUAUGAUUGUUGAUUUUACAUGUCUGGCUUUAUUAUUUUUAAAUAGGGUCUAUUAAGGGACCUUGUAUAAUUAAACCUUUGAGAACAUUAUUGAGUCAAUCAAAAAAAUUGAAACUGUUUAUGAUGAUAAAAAAGCUCUAUUUGAUUUCUAUUUUAGUAGCAAUUUGAUGGAAAAUAUCCAAAAUGAAACAUACAGAAAAAUAACAUAAAAGAUAUAUUGUUCUGCCUGUGAUAAAGUUAUCUAUACACUAGCAUCCAAAGGAAUCCAAGAAAUUCCACUUUUGGAAUUCUUGAUGCUGGCAAAAUCAUAGGCCAAAUAAAGAGUGUUUUAAUUAUGUGCCACCAUGAAGAAAGUCAAGGAUUAGAUUGAAUUUGAUAAUGAUAAUUACAGUCAUAAGAUGCUAGGAAUAUACAGAUCAAAUAUAUGGACUGUUAUCUCAACUUUUGGAUUUUUAGGAUACAUUUUUUUUCGUGGGAAGAUUAAAGGAUAUCUUAAUAAGCAUAAGGCUAAACAACUCUGA